AUGAUGGAGAGCCCAGGUGAACAGCCGGCAGCGGCAGCGGGCCUGAAACGGGCGGCCGCGACUCCGCACUCUGCAAACCCUCUCGAUGCAACCCCGCGCUCUGCUGUUCCCCGAGCUAGAAAAGCCGUGGAUCGAGGAACCCCGCACAGUGCUGUGAAGCCAACGAAUCUCAUGCAGGUGUUGGAGGAUACAGGAGAUGAUGCACAGGUGCCUGCCUACGAAGCCCCGAUCUACCUUGACCCGUACAUCUGUGAUGAUGAUGAGGUGCGUGGGUGGGAUCCGCUGGUGCAGCAUCUUCGGGAUAUGGUGAUCACACCCGAGAAAGCCCCCAGCAUCCCUGCCGAGCCCACACCCAAGAAAGCCCCUGCCAGCAGCCCUCGUCCUGCAGACCAGUGUCCUACGCCAUCAAUCUUUGCGCCAACCAUGGUUGAUGCAUCCCCAAUCUGUGCUGCUAAGGCCCCUGCUUUCCCCAAGCCGGACACGGGUUCUGUCAUGACAGCUCCGGAUGACAUGGCCGGUAUGAUGAACCAAAUGGUUCAAGCAUUGCAAAAGCAGCUGAGUGAUCAGUCAAGGCAGAACGAGCAAUUGCAAACCCUCCUGCAGCAGCAAGCCUCUGAAAUCGCAAAGCUGCGAGAGGAGCGAGCCAACAGCAGCCGAGCCGCCUCGGAUGUAGGAUCUGAGGUGAAAGGGGAGGAGCCCUCGUCGCAGGGCGAAGGCGGGGCAUCAGGGGCAACUUCGUUUGAAGCUGCUCGUCAGCGAGUGAGGCGCAUGGUUAAGAUGAGGGCGGAUGGCUCUUAUGGUGUUCCCCAACACAUCGUCGAUACUUGGAAUCGACAGGGGAAGGCACGAGAAAACUUGGUGCGGGCGUUUAUGGAUGCCGGAUGCAACAAGGAGUCGUUCGUUCGGGAGAUCACUGUUCAGAACGAGCGGGAAAAGGAACUCAGUGUCGUUGUGGAGGGAGACUUCUACACUGAGUCCCAGCUCGCAGAGGAGAAGAAACUGUCACCGGAGCGCAUCGCCGACAUCAAAGCUUUCGCCCGCCAGAACCCUGCUCUGAUGAGGAAGGAUACAUACAAUCCCAAGAUGGUAUCCUUCAACAUGGAAGCAGAGCAGGGCGAAGAUGGUUCAGUGGUCCUCGGCACGGACGUCAGCUUGAACGAUGUGGCUGAUGUUUCAAUGGGAGGUCCAGGCCUUCCGGGCGAUGCUGAUGUUUCGACCGAGGGUCAGCUACAGCUUCCGAGCCUGGAGGGUGGGAAAAGGGCCUCCGAAGUGAUCGGCACUUACAUGAAGGCAGCUCUUGGCAGAGCUGCGAAGCUAGGGGAUACCCUGGGUAAGAUGUAUGCUGUUCCGCUAGCUGAGCGCACGGAAGCCUGCAGAAAGCUGCUCGAAAAGCUCGAGGCGGCCAGCAAAGCCUUGGAUCAUUGCCAGGACAAGAUGCAAGACAUCUACUGCACCGGAGCUGUUGAGGGAUACACGAAGUUGCAAGACAAUGAACUCGUUGCCCAAUACAAGGUGUUGAGAAAGCUGGCGAUGGAAACGAUGGCUCUUGAGAGCAGGGCAAAAACUGUGAUCCCGAAGCGCCGUGCUGAAACAAAGGCCAAAGCUGCAGCUCCUAAGAAAGCUGUCGCACCGGUCAACCCGACUGCGAAAGCCAAGCCGUCUGCCGAGCAGCCAGCAGGGCGCAAGACCGGCAAGCAGCCGGCACCAGCAGCUCGCAUCGUCCGCCUCGCCAAGGCCAUCGAGAAGGAAGCACCGGGAAUCCUUGGAGGCAUCAAGAUUAUUAGCAAGAUGGAUCUGCCGAAAGGUGAGCACAGGCUGCAUGCGUUGGCGAAGGAAUGGAAAAUGACUGAUCCUCAUUUCUCGUUGUUCCUGGAAGCCUUCUGGAAAGCCUACGAGUACGAGCAACCGACCCACUUGGUGUUCCGGCAGCAUUCCAACGAGCUCUCCCGCUGCAUCCCGUACAUGCUGUUUGGGGACGAGGGAAGAUCCCUCAGGAAGUGCCCCAUACAAAUUGUAUGCCUGGAGACGGUGUUUGGCUUGACGACUUACAAGAAUUAUAAAGAGCACCGUGCAAAAGGUGGGCAGAUCGAUGAAGACACAAUGUUGGAUUUCAUCACGCAUACUGGGAAGGGCUCCUCCUUUCUGUCGCGACUUCUGUUGUAUGCACUCCCCCAUGCCCUGUACCGCUCUGACUCUGAUGUCAGCUACAAGGACUUUUGGUACGACUGCAUGGACCAAGUUGCCAGAGCUGCUAUCCGACUUUUCGAGGACGGUAUUUCUCACCGGCUGGGCCGGUUCUACGGCGUUUGCGUGGGCUUCAAAGGCGACGCACCUUUCCUAGCGAAAGCUGCCAAGCUGCGGCGAACCUUCAUGUCUGUUGAAGGGAAACACAAGGGCAUAUGUCCCGAUCUACCCUGGGAGGAUGUUGGGCAGGACCCAGUUUGGGUGCCGACAAUUGGGCAGUCCAGACCAUGGAAGCCCAACCAGUACUCUUCCGUAAGGUCCAUACCGUAUGCAACAUCUGCGCCGGAGCAACUGCUGCAACCAGAUCUCUUUCAUACGAUCAAACUGGGCAUCGGUAGACAUUUCUCCGGGUCGUUCUUGGUUCUGGCAGCUCACUGGUCCUAUUUUUUUGAACCAGGUCGGAACAGUUUUCCCGACGUGUUGGGCAGCGACACCUUGAUGGUGCUCCGGUGGAUCAUUAUGCUGCUGCGAAAUGGGCGCUGGUCUGGCGGUGCAAGGACAUUUCCAUGGCUGCAGCACCCGCAAGCAGCUGAUCAUGCACCGUUGCUCAAAGCUGUUCAUGAUGGAUGCUGUGCAAUCCUGACUUUGUUUCAAGUGGUGCAAAAACAAGGUAUCUGGUUGCGCAGGCCUGUGGCUCUCCGCCUGCAUUCCGCCAUCGACCUGUUCUGCUCCUCCUACAAGUUUUUAUCCGGUGAAUGCUUCAGGCGACAACUGAACCGGUUCCACCUGGAACCAACUUUACACCAACUCAAGCACUUCAGCAUCCGGAUACAAGAACAGUUGGCCAACGAGGAUGUCCAGGUCAUCCUCAACCCUGGAAUGUUUAUGUGUGAAAUGAGCGAAGACUUCGUGGGUCAUGAGUCGGAUGCAGCACCGAGCCUGGAGGAUUUGCUUCCAUGGGUGCGGGAAGCCUUUGGCGAGGAGUUCGUUGAGGUGCAGUUUCCCUCACAGGCGCUGGUGCCACAGCCGGCAACAGCAAAGCCAGCGAGGACGACCUUCCGCCUGGAGCAGGUCGUCCAAGACGCGGUCCAAAAAGGAGGUCUCAAGACGCCACCCAGCAUCAACUUGAAAUCCGCGGAGCCGAAGGGAAUCAGGCAGCAACUCGACAGACUGAUGUCCUCACUGCAGGAGCAGCGCUGGAGUCCAGACGGCAUGGGUGCCGAGCGACAGCCCAGGACGAUCGCCCGCCAGAACUAUGACAUCUUCAAAAAUCCGUUCGGAGCUGCUGAUGAGUUCACCCUGGCUACGAAAAAGGCCGAGCGACGGCUGAAUACCAAAAGGAAUCAAGAGAGUUCCAAAGAGUCCAGUCAAGACCCGACGAUGCCUGUCAGGCGGAGGAAGCCUCAGACACCCCCCGCAAGCCGAAGUCCGAAAUUGUCAGAGGGCAAAAGCUGGAAAGGUUGGACUAUCUCCAUACCUGUCGCGGUACCAUGGGUGAAGCUCGCUUCGCCAUGGAGCGUCAGAGACUCGAGAUGCAGGCAGAUCUGA